UUUUCAAAAUCGAUUUGUUGUCAUUUUAAAUUGCUUACAAAAUGUUUAUAAUUUUUUUACUCAAAUAAUAUCCCCCGGUAAAUAGUUGGGAUUCUGUGAAAUUUAAUUAGUAAAAAUAUGGGUCGCAUGACGGGUAUAAAAUGGGAUAAAGCGCAGUUAUGUCGACCGAAUCAUAAUAUAAUUUCGUCAGACUUUCCUAAGUAUAAUCCGCAACCGUGGAAAUUUAUGGAAGGUAAAGCACGAAUAGAACACGUAUUAUCUUACGAGUACCAGAGAAUGUGGUUGGAAGAACGGGAAUUAUGGAAAAAACGCAUGUAUCCUGAAAACACAAUUGUAAACGUGGAUGUUGUCAAACGAUACGUUCUCACUUUUAAAACUAACCACCAACCGCCGAAACCAGAAAAAAAGAAACCAUUUAAAAUGAAGAAGUUUCAGGGAAUAGAAAGUAGGACCAAAAACAGACGACCUACAGGUGACAAAGCCAUGGGAUUUUUAAAAAAGGAAAAGGAUGGUAAAGCGCAAAAACAAAAAACCGCAUAAUACUCCAAAGUAGCAACAUAUCACGUAAUUGUACGAUCUUUUGUCUAAAUAUUUACUAUAAUAAUUAUUAUAAUACAGAUAUACAUUAUAAUCA